UUUUCACCCCAUAAUGACCCCUCAUUCUUCUCCACGGACUGGACGCUAGGGAAGCAACAAGCUUGAUUGAAUCACAUAGCCUAUGCUACAAUAAGGAGACGGCUAUUUGUCCGUUUAUCCUCAGAAGCAAGCCGUGCAUUUGGUGAGUGAGAGCUGUGGAGGGGAGAUGUCGGCCAUGUACAAAGACGACCAGGAUGACUGGAUGACCGUCUGCCUCAAAUACCUCCUCUUCGUCUUUAACGUCCUCUUCUGGGUUGGUGGAGCAGCGGUGAUGGGCGUGGGCAUCUGGACCCUGAUAGACAAGAGUGACUACCUGAGCCUGCUGGCCUCCAGCACCUUCGCCGUGUCCGCCUACAUCCUCAUCCUGGCCGGGGCCCUGGUCAUGGUCACGGGCUUCCUGGGCUGCUGCGCCGUCAUCAGGGAGCAGAGGAGCUGCCUGUCCACGGUGAGGGAGCCCUCCCUGGGCAGGGUGACUACUCUUGGCCCCAGGCUUUCUGGAUGUCUGGAAGGCCCCUGGGUCUUCUGAAUGUUUAUGUUGAUU